AUGUCGACCACCAUAACCCCCACGAGCCCGGUGGAUUCACAGCCCUAUCCUGUUCCUGUCUGUCUGGUGCUGAAAACUGCAAUUGCAUUUCGUCCUGGUUCCUCUCGUCAACAAGGACUUUCUGCAGUGCAAUCUCUGCCAGUCCCUCGGGUUCUUCCUAGCUGUCCUUACCCUUUCGACUUGCUCGAUUUGGACGCUGCAUCAACCCGGUCACCAACACGCCUAAAAAAAUCAACCGGUGCGUUAAUUGGCGGAUCAGAAUGCCCAGCCGCUGAAGCCGUUUUCUUUAUUACUUCCCUCUCUGCUCUCCCCCUCCCCCUCCUUUCCUCUUUCCCUCCUCCCGGUUUCCGGCCCCCUCCAUUUGCUCACUAG